AAUUGAGUAUGCACACAGUAUUUAGCUAUUGAACACAAAUAAUCAAAAAUGGAUAUUUGCUGUGAGACGGCCUCAGAAGAACUUGACAAGACCAAAAGGCUUUUGUAAGUUGUUGAUGUAAUUUAAUUGUGUAAUUAUUAUUAUUUUUUAAAUAAAAAGUUGUUAUAGGCUUUAUGAGCACAUAUUUGUUAUGUAUUAUAUUUCCAUAAUUUCAUCACAUAUAUGGUAAAUGAUAAUGUCACUGAUAAGUGUGCUAUAAGACAUUAUUAAAAAUAACACUGUGAACAUUCUUUCUGCUUUCUUAUCAUUUCAUCAGCAGGCAUUUUCCCUGGAAAUCCAGACUCCACAAAUUCAUCCAUAGUUCAUCAAGGAAUAUAAUGCCCAGGUAUGUAUUUUCAAUAUAUUCAAUUUCGCGCCGUCCUCCAGACGCUUGUUCCCGUUUUCUAAACGUUAUGCGCAUGUGCUCAACAACAAACCUGUCACUGACAUUCACACUUCUACUCAAUACAACAUAUAUUUAAUUUAACGUCACACUGUUCACUGUAUAACAUAAUACUGAAUAGAAUGGCUAAUUUGCUCAUAUUUGCAACACACCACUCUCUCCCAAACAUCCGCACACUGCUCCCAACUUUAACAACUUUAGGCACCAAACAGAAUAUAAGGAUUACCAGAAAGAGAAAGAGUUUUGAUAUAGUUUGGCCUAUAUGAAUCAAUCAUACCUUUGAAGCACAUCUCACGAGUAGCAUACCCUUUUCAUUUCCAUUUCCAUUUACGUCAUUUAGCAGACGCUCUUAUCCAGAGCGACUUACAAAUUGGGUUCCUGUGCCAAUCAAAUUUGCCUAGACCUACUGUCAAGCUAGCAGGUUGUUAGCUAGAUAGGUAACAUGACUGAACAACGUUGUUUGUUAUCAAAACAAUCAUUAGCAGGACGAUUAUGCGAACGAAAUCGAGCAGGGAGAAAAAAAAAGGUAGCUCCGGUUAUAGGAGUGAUUUUUUUUUUACACGUUUUCUUUGCUCUAAAGCUGCAGGCAUACCUGUCGAGAAGCAGUUUUUCCUCUCUGGCACUGCUGCAUGACAGCGAAUUUGCAAAGCCUAUACUCAGAUUGGCCUGUGCUCUUGGUUAUAUCAGGGAUGAAAUUAUAUACAAUGUAUCAAUUUUGCUCGCUCGGCGCACUAAUCCAAUGUAUCAAAUGUACAAAUGUAACAACAAAAGACUGAUCAGGGUCUCCAUCCCUGCUUGCUAUCGAGGCUAAAUUAUACAUAUAUUUUAACUGAUGGAGGAAUAGAUGUGAAGGAAGAGCGGAAGGACAGAAGCAGGUGAGAGAGGGCAGGUAGGGGAUGCGGCUGGCUGAUCACAGCUGCCACACGUGAUAUGCACAUGAAAAUGAAGUGUACAUUAUUGGACCGGUGCUUAUGAUAAUGAUGAUAUGAUGAUAUGCCAUUUAGCAGACGCUUUUAUCCAAAGCGACUUACAAGUCAUGCGUGCAUACAUUAUUCGUUUUUUGUGUAUGGGUGGUCCCGGGGAUCGAACCCACUACAUUCUUUACUGAAAUUAUAAACCACUGACUUUAUAAACAUUUUAUAACAGGCGACAGCGAGUUCUUUAGAUCGGUAGGGCCGAACAUGUUGGUAGUAUCAUAUGAAACGGUACUAAUGUAUUCUAAAUUCUGAUAUGACGGUGGUACCGGUAUACCGUGCAACACUAAUUCAAUUACACUAUUCCCAUAUUUCAACCUCUUUUUGUUAUUUUAUUUCUUGCAGGCAAUCUGUUGAUGAGGCGAAACAGUGGGGACAAUCCUUAGAGAAACUACUCAAUCAUAAAUGUAAUUUUGUUUAUAUAUAUAGGAGUCAUAUUAUACAUAUUUUAGUAAAUAUAUAAAACACACUUUACUAGACUGCAGAGUACACCCAAGUUGACCCAAAUAUUUCCCCUCCAUUUCGCUUCUAGGUGGACAAGCAGCAUUUCGGGUCUUCCUUAAGUCUGAGUUUUGUGAGGAGAAUCUGGAGUUUUGGCUUGCCUGUGAAGAGUUCAAAUCCAUCACCAGUCCAGAGAAACUUGCCUGUAAAGCUACUGGCAUUUUUGAAGAAUUCAUCCAAAGUGACUCCCCUAUGGAGGUAAAAACACAUUGUUAUCAUUAUGACAAUACCAUCAUUUAGAUUACUUUAUGUUCCUUAUAGUGAUAAUAAAUUAGUGACUUUCUUUGAAAGUUAUACAGAUUCAAAAUAAUUAUAUUUUGAAAUUCCCCGUGAGUAACUCUGUAUUGUUGCACAGUGGGAGAAUAUAAUCUUUGAGCUUUCCAGGAUGACAUGAAAAAAAUAAACUAAAAUAGAUUUAAAAGUAACCUAAAUCUAAAACCAAAUUAGACAAAGAACGACUGACAUAUGAUAAUAGGUAAUAGUGUCUAAAUAGUGUUAUUUAAGCUUGUGUAGAGUGUGAUUAUUGCAUUUUUUUUCUCAAAUCAGGUUAACGUCGAUCACUACACAAGAGACACCAUUGCUCAGAGUCUCCACCAGCCAACGCCAUCUUGUUUCGACAGUGCCCAGAGGAAGGUCUGUAGCCUUAUGGAGAAUGAUGCAUAUCCUCGGUUCAUUCAGUCUGACUACUACAAGGACCUGUGUGCUGGUGGCAGGGGCUUAGGAAAACAUAGAAGAGUUUGAGACUCACUGACUCACACUCCAAAAAUGGACUCUGACAACCCAGUUCUCUACUUUUCUCCUGAAGUGUGCACUUGACUUGAACACUACCUCACAUGGAAUGGUUCACCUGAUAAACAGAUGAUGAAAGCUACUGACUUCAAGUGUAUGUGUUAUUUGUAUAUAUUGAUGGUGAU